AUGGCAAACAACCUCAGGAUUAGAAAAGGAAGUACACUUGGCAGUUACCACGUGGUGGAGCAGAUCCUUGGUCAGGGCAGCUUUGGCACGGUAGCCAAAUGCCGCAAUACAGAAAGCAACAAUACGGUGGCAGUCAAGGUCAUCAGGGGCAAGGAAGACUUUGUGCAGUCAGCGAUGGAGGAAAUUGACAUUCUGACGCGACUACGGUGUCUGGACUCAGAAACCUGUAACAUCGUCCAGUGGAAUGGCUUUUUCUUUGACAAGGAGAAUAUCUGCACUGUGUUUGAACUCCUUGAUCAAAGCCUCCAUGAAUAUGUGCAGGAGCAAGACAAGUGGGGUCUUUCCGUUGGAGAGCUGAGGCCUGUUCUACACCAGGUGGCCACAGCUGUUUCCCACCUGCACUCCAUUGGUUUUGUGCACAUGGACCUAAAACCACAUAACAUCAUGGUUGUGGACCGACAUCAGCUCCCACUCAAAGUCAAACUUAUUGACUUUGGCCUGGCACGUCCAGUGUCAGCGUUAAAACAAGGAGACUGUAUGGGGACCAUGUGUUACUGUGCGCCAGAGAUGUUACUCGGAGUACCAUUCAAUGAGUCCAUUGAUAUGUGGGCUCUGGGUCUUACAAUGACGGAGCUGGCAAUGGGAUGCGCACUCUACCCAGGCGAUGCGGAGUACGAUGUUCUCCGAUUCGUCGUGGAAACCCAAGGCCAGCCACCUGAUGACGUCCUGGACAGUGGAUUGUACACUCAGACUUACUUCUAUACCCAGAAACACGGCACAUCACGCUGGAGAUUUAUGACUCCAGAAGAUGUGUAUUAUGAGCAUGGAUACUCUGCAUCAGAUACCAGGAAAGUCAAGCUCAGUUCUCUGGAUGAAAUUGAGGAGGCUAUGGAGAAAGACACUGAACACCAGAAUGAUCAGAAGCUGUUCGUCAGCUUGAUCAAAAGCAUGCUGAUCCUUGAUGCGUCUAACAGGAUCAAAGCUCGGGAGGUUCUAGAGCAUCAAUUCUUUGCUCCCAGCCACAUACAAGAACAAGGAAGGGACCCAAAUCCCCAGCAGGCUGCUACAUUGAGGGAGAAAUAUGAAGACCCCAACGUCAGCGAAACCGAGGACUUUACCAUUCAAAUAAGCCACAUGGAAGAUGGAGUCCUAUGCCCUACUCGCUCCUUGACUGCUACAUCACAGGAACCCUUGCUUGGGGUUGAUUUUAAAACUGAGGCCAAAACCAAGACCAAGAAGAAAAGCUGGUUGAGAUGCAUCAUGAGAAGAGUUUCAAAGGCCUUCCACAGAUGCUUCUCUUAG